AUGUUCGAUGCGCACGCCGAACGCUCGGGCUUUGCGCGGUCUGCAGCGGAGAGGGCGACGGGCCCGAGCGACUGGCUCGGGCGACGGCCCGCUUACGCGUGCCGCCAGAAGGAGCCGUGGCUUCCGCCGGGGUCCUUCGCCCUCGACGCCUCGAAACCACACUGGAAGGCCUCCAACUCGUGCCUGCGUAUCAAGAACGACAUGCUGCAGUGCUACGAGAGCUCGCCGUGCUACAAGUCUGGGGCUCCCUUCGAGGAGUGCCUGAACUCCAACGACGAGGAGUACGUCACACCGGAGUGCCUCUGGCUCCGGAAGGGCUAUUCGCAAUGCCGGCGGGACCUCCUCAACCGCAAUCGGAUAUGGCAGCGCGGGAACCGCGCCACCUGA